GAAGGAUCAGGACAUGAUGGGUACAGUCGGUGCUGCUCAUGAGAACAUAGUAGAGUCAAGGUGAUGAGGGAUGCCGCCUAUGCCACCGGCUCUGCCCUCGCUGGGCUCCUUGGUCAGUGGCUCGGGUCUGUUGGGUCUUGGGCUCAUCCCCCUCUUCGUCAUGGGCCUCACGUUUUUCCGGUACAGUGCUGUGGACCCGGAGUCUAGACCGAUCGAUACGAAACAGGUGCUGCCGGAGUACGACUUCAUCGUGGUCGGCGCUGGGUCUGCGGGCGCGGUGGUCGCCAACCGUCUGUCCGAGGUACGCAACUGGACUGUGUUGCUGAUAGAGGCCGGGGGAGACGAAACUGAGAUAUCCGACGUACCUUCCCUGGCUGGGUAUCUACAACUGACCAACCUGGACUGGCAGUACCGGACCUCGCCUCCGCCCCCCGAGACAUCCUACUGUCUCGCUAUGAACGGCGACCGCUGCUUCUGGCCCAGAGGCAAGGUACUGGGCGGCUCCAGCGUUCUCAACGCCAUGAUCUACGUCCGAGGGAACAAGAGAGACUACGACCAAUGGGCCGCUCUAGGCAACCCCGGCUGGAGCUACGACGACGUUCUUCCGUACUUCAAGAAGUCUGAAGACAACCGUAACCCUUACCUGACUAAGACGCCGUACCACAGUCGAGGAGGUUAUCUCACCGUGCAAGAGUCUCCUUGGAGAACUCCAUUAGCCGUAGCGUUCGUCAAGGCCGGAGAAGAGCUGGGCUAUCUGAACCGAGAUAUCAACGGAGAAGAACAGACGGGAUUCAUGAUCGCCCAAGGUACCAUCAGAAGAGGUUCUCGCUGCAGCACUUCCAAGGCGUUCCUCAGGCCGAUACGGUUGAGGAAGAACCUUCACAUCAGCAUGCACAGCCAGGCCACUCAGGUGAUGUUCGACAACGCUCGUGACGACGAGCCGAUGGCGACCGGUGUGCGCUUCGUGCGAGAGGGACGUGUACACACGGUGAAGGCGAGGAAGGAGGUGAUUCUGUCGUCGGGGGCGAUAGGGUCGCCGCAGAUACUGAUGUUGUCUGGAGUAGGACCUGCUGAUGACCUGGCACAACACGACAUCCCAGUAGUCCGCGACCUCAAGGUGGGACAUCACCUCCAGGACCACAUCGGACUGGGAGGUCUCACCUUCCUCAUCGACGACCCCGUCACCUUCAAGAAGUCCCGAUAUCAGACUCUGUCCGUCGCGUUGGACUACAUCAUCAACGAGCGAGGUCCGAUGACGUCUCUCGGUGGUGUGGAAGGCCUCGCGUUCGUCAACACCAAGUACGCGGACAGUUCGGGUCUGUGGCCGGACAUACAGUUCCACUUCGCGCCGAGCUCCAUCAACUCCGACGGCGGCGAGCAGAUCCGUCGCAUCCUCAAUCUACGCGACCGCGUCUACAACACCAUGUACAAACCUCUGGUAGACGCAGAGACGUGGACCAUCCUGCCGCUCCUACUGAGGCCGAAGAGCAGCGGCUACGUCAAAUUGAAAAGUAGAAACCCUAUGAUACAUCCGGUGAUAGAACCCAACUACUUCACACAUCGAGAAGACGUAGACACUCUGAUAGAAGGUAUCCGGAUAGCGCUGAACGUGUCUGCGACCCGCGCCUUCCAGAAGUACGGCUCCAGGCCGCUGCUGACCAAGAUGCCGGGGUGUCGCAAACACGCGUUCGACUCUGACGAGUACUGGGAGUGCGCCCUGAGGCACUUCACGUUCACCAUAUACCACCCUACGGGCACCUGCAAGAUGGGACCCUCCAAUGACCCAGACGCCGUCGUCGACCCGAGACUUAGGGUCCACGGCGUCAAGGGGCUCCGGGUGAUUGAUGCCUCCAUCAUGCCGGAGAUCGUCAGUGGUAACCCCAACGCGCCGACCAUCAUGAUCGGGGAGAAGGGAGCUGACAUGAUCAAGGAAGACUGGGGCUUCCUGUGACAGAUGACAACUACUUCAAUAUUGCGAUGGGGCGGAUGACUUUCCAGGACUGUGUCAUUCUAUAACUGUAAUGCCAUUGAAAUUUGUGAUUGACAACUCCAUGAAGUACAGGGUGUUUUUUUAAAUCGGUGUUUCAAUGCUUUAUACUGGUAAAAUUUGAGUUUUAAUUUAACUUGUAGGUAUAUAAUUGAACUCAAAGUUUUGUUUUCCCGUUGUAACAAGGCGCGCAUGACAAUUGCAAAAUAGUUCUCCCAGAAUGUCGACCAGGGACUUGGGAGUAGUUGUUGCAUUACAUGUUCCUUCACACCGAGCGGUGCCCUGGUAGUAUAGGCACACAUUUACACUUUAACCAACCUCUGAAGGUACAAACGCAAUGUGUCAGAUCAAACAAUGACUAUUUGCCUACUACUCAUAUCUAAUUAAAUUUGUAUAAAGUAUAAAGCAUUAAAACCCAGAUAUUUUAUACUAAACAACCUGUAUAACAAUAAAAUAAAUCAUGAUAUGAUCGUCCACAAAAUUCGGUUGAAUGUGCAACAUUCUCUCAACGAAAGUACUUGUAGUUCAUUCAAGUUCAUAAAAUUGAAAUGUUUCUGCUAAGACGUAAGGUUACAUGAAUAGCAUAACGCUUUUAGCUGCUCUUAAAAGUAUUUAUUGCUUUUAGACUACUGCAAUUCUACUUGUGCUCAUAUAGAUUGUUAAUAUAUUUAACCUAAACGCUCAAUCAGAUUAGUUCAUUUUUAUUAUUCAAAUGAAAACUCGAAGAUUUAUUUGAGUCUAAGUACAAAAACUUAAUUUCCCCCCAUGUUAGUACUUUCACGCGGUUGUUAAUUUGGUAAAUAUUGUACAUAUGUUAUAUAGUCCAUACUGUAAAGAUGCGAUGUGCUGCCAACACAACUUCGGCAACAAUUGAAAAAUGAAUUAAUUAGAAAAUCGCCACAGAGCAAUAAGAGAAACCCAAUUGAAUGAUUUUAACAACCCAUUAAACACAACAAUCAGUUCCACCACGGGGAAUUGAGAGGCAAAUGACGGUGUAUUACUACUUCUGUGAUCGACAUGCCGUGUGUGUUACUAACCUUCAUACUUGUGUUAAGAUUUAGAGGAAAUUCUACCAUAACUUUUCACCCUAUUUGUCUGGAUAAAAAGUCAUGGGAAUGAAACGGUUUGCAAUUUUAACUUAAUCGAUUAUUGCUGGACAUUGAAACUGGUUACAGUAAGAUUCCCCUGCUCGGGGUUGUUUUGACAUUGAGAUAUUUGUACGGAAAAUCAACUGCAAUCAUGAGUCAAGGUUAAAUUACUAUGGAAAGUAAUGCAGAGAGUUGACAAUUCUAUCUAAAGUGCUCCAGCUGCUCAAAAGUGAUGUUAUUUGCUCACCAUUCAGACUGUUCGCUACCAAGGUUGUAUUUUGUACUUAUUUACACACUUUGUAUUUAUAAGUUUUAUACAUUAUGUACAUAUGAAAA